AUGGACGUCAACAAUGCAUUUCUUCAUGGUGAUUUGGAAGAAGAAGUGUAUAUGAAACUUCCCCCAGGUUUCCGUCAUUCGCAUCCUGGCAAAGUUUGUCGUUUACGCAAGUCUAUCUAUGGCCUUAAACAGGCUCCGCGGUGUUGGUUCAAGAAGUUAUCGGAUUCUCUUCUUCGGUUUGGUUUUGUGGAAUCCUAUGAUGACUAUUCUUUGUUCAUUUACUCUCAUAAGGACAUUGAGUUACGGGUUCUUGUAUAUGUUGACGAUCUUAUCAUUACUGGUAACAAUGGAUACAUGAUUCAAAAAUUCAAGGAAUAUCUCAGCCGUUGUUUCUCUAUGAAAGAUUUGGGUAAGCUUAAAUACUUUCUUGGUAUUGAAGUUAGUCAUGGUAAGGAGGGGAUUUUCUUGUCUCAAUGCAAGUACACCUUGGAUCUUCUUGCUGAUAGUGGUACUACGGCUGUGCGACCUGCCAUUACUCCUCUUGAGCAAAACCACAAACUUCCUCUCGAUGAUGGUCCUCUUCUUACUGAUCCUAAACCGUAUCGUCGGCUGGUUGGUCGUUUACUCUAUCUCCUUCACACUCGUCCGGAGCUUAGUUACUCUGUUCAUGUUUUAGCUCAGUUCAUGAAAGAACCACGAGAGGCUCAUUGGAAUGCUGCGUUGCGUGUUGUCUGUUUUCUUAAGGGUGCUCCGGGUCAAGGUAUACUUCUUAAAGCCGAUCAAGAUUUGUCUCUUCACGUGUACUGUGAUUCGGAUUGGUCGUCUUGUCCUUUAACGCGUCGGUCUCUUAAUGCUUAUGUCGUUUUACUUGGUGAUUCACCUAUCGCUUGGAAAACAAAGAAGCAAGAUGUUGUUUCCCACUCUUCAGCUGAAGCUGAAUAUCGGUCAAUGGCUUUUGCGUUAAAGGAAAUUAUGUGGUUGCGCAAGCUAUUGACAGGAUUGGGUGUCAAACAGUGCUCUCCCGCUCAUCUCUAUUGUGAUAACCAAGCUGCUCUGCAUAUUGCGUCCAACCCCGUUUUUCAUGAACGGACUAAACAUAUUGAAAAUGAUUGUCAUGCUGUUCGUGAUGCGGUUCUCUAUGGUACUCUUUCUACUCAUCAUGUGCGUACAAAUGAACAGCUCGCGGAUAUUUUUACAAAAGCUCUUGGUCGUUGUCAGUUUGAGUAUAUAGUAUCCAAGUUGGGCAUUCAGGAUCUUCAUGCUCCAAUGUGA